CCUCCGGACCGGACCAUGGGGGGCAGCGGGGCCGCGCGCGACGCCUGAAGGAGCCGCCACCCCCGCUGGCCAUGGGCGCGCUGGCCACCCUCUGCGCCCGCACCGUGUGCGUGGCCGUGAUCCUCGCGGCCGGCGGCGUCUCCAACGUCCAGCGCAGAGCCACAGGUGAGGACGCGCGCGUUGGCGCCCCGAUGGCCCUGGACGGCGCUUCGAGGGGCGCCUGGCCCCGAGCGCAAAGUAGUGGCCGGAGCGGGGGGCCGCGUGCCCAGCGUGCCGCGGGGUUGCGCCACCGCGGAGUGCCCGGUGCCAGCGCCCCAGUGCCCCGCAUGUCCAUCCAGAUCGUCCGGUUAGAGGAGGACGAGGACGAGGACGAGGAGACCGAGACGGGGACCCCUGCCCGUGGAGACGCGCGCCUCGGAGGGUCUGUCCGGCCCGGCCCCGCCCCACACACGCGCCGCUGCCCCCCGCGGCCGGCCAGCACCGGGCAGGGCGGGCCGCUCGCCUCCGCCCUCCGCGUCCCAACAGCCGCUUCUUUGUGCGGGCGCGGCCGAGGAGCAGAAAUGCGCGUGUCAUUCAACGGCGUGACAGGGGCCACCGGGAGGUCAGCGCGCGCUUUCAGCGUCCAGGGGCGCCGAGGGGGCCGCGGCGGGGGCGCCUCCCGUUUGCAUUCGCGUCCAGAUAGAGAUAUUACUUCCGACGGCCGUGGAAUGGGAACUGAGCCCGGCUUACGGGUUGUAUGCCCUGCGUCCCUACUGGGCUGUGCAGAAGUCCCUGGGGAGCUGGGUCUGUGCUAUGGCUUCUCCAGCCUGGCAUCAGCCCUCAGGGCAGACCAGUUGGAGCUGCUCUUGGUGGGGCCUUUUGGCAUGGGGAGGAAAGGAGGAGGUCUCCACAGGGCAUGGGGCCAGGUGCUGCCUGUCAGUCAGGUGUGUUCUUCCCCCACAGAGGGUCCGGGCCCGGAGCAGUUGAUGUUCACCAGCGGAGACACUUUGGAGCUGAGCUGCCAGCCAGCAGGGAUGCCCACAGGGCCCACAGUCUGGUCCAAGGACGGCCAGAACCUGCUCCAGUCCCACCGCAUCCUGCUGGGGCCUCAGCGCCUGCGUGUGCUCAACGCCUCCCAGGACGACGCCGGUGUUUACAGCUGCCGCCAGCAGCUGGGCCAUCACAUCCUGUGCUCCUUCAGUGUGCGUGUGACAGACGCACCUUCCUCAGGAGAUGACGAGGAUGGGGAGGAUGAAACUGAGGACACAGGCGCCCCAUACUGGACUCGGCCUGAACGCAUGGACAAGAAGCUCCUGGCCGUGCCAGCAGCCAACACCGUUCGCUUCCGAUGCCCAGCUGCAGGCAACCCCACCCCAUCAAUCUCCUGGCUGAAGAAUGGCAAAGAGUUCCGGGGCGAGCAUCGCAUUGGGGGCAUCAAGCUGCGGCACCAGCAGUGGAGCCUGGUCAUGGAGAGCGUGGUGCCCUCGGACCGUGGCAACUACACCUGUGUGGUGGAGAACAAGUUUGGCAGCAUCCAGCAGACUUACACACUGGAUGUGCUGGAGCGCUCUCCGCACCGGCCCAUCCUGCAGGCAGGGCUCCCGGCGAACCAGACGGUGGUGCUGGGCAGCGACGUUGAGUUCCACUGUAAGGUCUACAGCGACGCGCAGCCCCAUAUCCAGUGGCUCAAGCACGUGGAGGUGAACGGAAGCCGUGUGGGCCCAGAUGGCACCCCCUAUGUCACCGUGCUCAAGUCGUGGAUCAGUGAGAGUGUGGAGGCCGUCGCGCGCCUCCGCCUGGCCAAUGUGUCCGAGCAUGAUGGGGGCCAGUACCUCUGUCGGGCCACCAAUUUCAUAGGCGCGGCUGAGAAGGCCUUUUGGCUGCGUGUCCAUGGGCCCCAAGCAGCCGAGGAGAGGCUGAUGGAGGCAGGCGAGGCUAGCAGCGUGUACGCGGGAGUGCUCAGCUACGGCGUGGCCUUCCUCCUCUUCAUCCUGGUGGUGGUGGCUGUCACACUGUGUCGUCUGCGCAGUCCCCCGAAGAAGGACCUAGACACCGUGGCCCCUGUGCACAAGGUCUCCCGCUUCCCUCUCAAGCGACAGGUGUCUUUGGAGUCUAGCUCGUCCCUGAGCUCCAACACGCCGCUGGUGCGCAUUGCCCGGCUGUCGUCCGGGGAGGGUCCUGCACUGGCCAACGUGUCUGAACUAGAGUUGCCGGCUGACCCCAAGUGGGAACUGUCACGUACCCGGCUGACCUUGGGCAAGCCUCUGGGGGAGGGCUGCUUCGGCCAGGUGGUCAUGGCGGAGGCCGUCGGAAUCGACAAGGACCGAGCAGCCAAGCCCAUCACUGUGGCCGUGAAGAUGCUGAAAGAUGAUGCCACAGACAAGGAUCUGUCGGACCUGGUGUCGGAGAUGGAGAUGAUGAAGAUGAUGGGGAAGCACAAGAACAUCAUCAACCUGCUGGGCGCCUGCACACAGGGCGGGCCCCUGUACGUGUUGGUGGAGUAUGCGGCCAAGGGCAACCUGCGUGAGUACUUGCGGGCGCGGCGGCCCCCGGGCAUGGACUAUUCCUUUGACGCCUGCCGGCUGCCCGAGGAACAGCUCACCUGCAAGGACCUGGUAUCCUGUGCCUACCAGGUGGCACGUGGCAUGGAGUACUUGGCGUCCAAGAAGUGCAUCCACAGGGACCUGGCUGCCCGCAAUGUGCUGGUGACGGCGGACAAUGUGAUGAAGAUCGCAGACUUCGGCCUGGCCCGGGAUGUGCACAAUCUCGACUACUACAAGAAAACCACCAACGGCCGGCUGCCCGUGAAGUGGAUGGCCCCUGAGGCCUUGUUUGACCGUGUCUACACUCAUCAGAGUGAUGUCUGGUCCUUUGGGGUGCUGCUCUGGGAGAUCUUCACCCUGGGGGGCUCCCCGUACCCUGGCAUCCCAGUGGAGGAGCUGUUCAAGCUGCUGAAAGAGGGUCAUCGCAUGGACAAGCCAGCCAACUGCACGCAUGAUCUGUACACCAUCAUGAGGGAGUGCUGGCACGCCGUGCCCUCGCAGAGACCCACUUUCAAGCAGCUGGUGGAGGACUUGGACCGCAUUCUCACCAUGACAUCCACUGAUGAAUACCUGGACCUGUCAGUGCCUUUCGAGCAGUACUCACCGGGUGGCCAGGAUACCCCCAGUUCCAGCUCUUCAGGGGAUGACUCCGUGUUUGCUCAUGACCUACUACCCCCUGCUCCCCCCAGCAGUGGGGGCCCCAGGACGUGAAGGGCUGCUGGUCUGCAGGAUGCUCUCUCGUCUCUAGUUGCCGCUGCUGCAGUGAACCUCUGGGCCCAAGAUGGACGUGUGUGUGUGUGUGUGUGUGUGUGUGUGUGUGUGUAUACACACACGUGUGGGUGGUGUGUGCAUGAGAUGGCCCAGCGCUGGCCUCUAGGGUCCCGCCCUGCUGUGUGCCAGAACAUAGAAUGUAAACGGGGGCAUUCCCCCAGGUCCCCCAGACUCUCCUGCUCCCAUGGCUGUGCCCCAGAAAGUUUCAAGCUACCACCAAGUACCUAAACUGACCCCACAGGUAGGCUAAGUGGCACGUCGUCUGGGGCAGCACAUGCAGAGCCCCAGGCUGCCCUCUGAAAGGAGACUGAGAUUACGGGUACCUGAGGUGGGAGCUUUUCUCUUCUACCCAAAGGCCUGUGUUGAAGGUAGAAGCUGGACACCCUUCUGGGCAGAUACUAGGCGCCUGUGGCCUGCACCCUUUCCAUGUUGGGCACCCAGCACUCACUCACCGGCUCACCUCUGGAGUGCAGGCCAGUGGGAAGGGGCUUGCCUGGCCCCGCAGUUUUGUUUUAGAAAUUGUUCCUGGGCCUGUAUAUUUGUAAAGUUAUUUAUGCCCCAGCCCUCACCCCCUAGGGGGGUGCUCUUGGGGGGACGGGUCCUAAGAAGGGUCCUGCAGCCCCUUCAGCCACCUAUGAGAGGAAAGAGUGCGGGUGCCGGGGCCUGGAUGGGACCUCGCCAGCUUCCAGAGCCUCGAGCCCUGCUGGGGAGAGGCAGGGAGAGGAUUCCCUCCUACAUGCCUCCACUCUUCUGAAUGUUCCCAGUUUCUAUCUAUAUAAUUUAUUGAGUUUUGAUAAGAUAUAUUUACUAUAGGUUUAAAAUUUCUGAUGCAAUGCUUCUAGAUUUGGUAGCCAGAUCUGCCACAUCUCAGCGUGGGGGUGCCCUGGCUUCGAGGGGCAGCGCCGCAGGGACUCUGCCGUCCUGCCCAGCCAGGCAAAUGUGCUUCCCAAGAAAUAAACGUGACUGGCUCCCACUC